CGCCAAUUGGCCAACAGAGUCGCCAAUGAGAGACGUUUGUCCGGCAUUAAGCCGGUAUCCCAUGAACGGAAAUUUACAGCGAAACUGAACAACGCGACCAAUUACAAUCGCAGAAAAGAAAGUAAAGUAAUGAUAGCAGAGUUGUGAUUGGUUACGCCAUUCCGCUGUGAAUUUCGGCGCGAGCUGGGCCGGGCACGACGCCGACGACGCGUCAAAGCAGAAUGUAGUUUCAGUCCUUUUGACAAUUGUGAGAGUUUUUCUAACCUAUCAUACUUUGCAUUGCUUUGUAUACAUUCGCUUUGACUGCUGUCAAAAGUUUCGUCCGAUUUAACCACGACGAAUUUAUAGAAAUCGGUAAGAAGCAUAAACUUUUAGGAUCAAGAUGAAUAUCCCUCCGAUUCAACAAUCGGGCGCUAUGGGUGUGGGACAAAUGGGACAGCCGGUAAAUCCUCAAAUGUCUCAGAAUCAACAACAGCCGCAACAAACGCAACAGCAAGUGCAGCAGCAACAGCAGCAGCAGCAACAACAGCAACAGCAAACGCAAGACAAGCUCGAUAAUAUCUCUAAAGUGAAGUCUCUUGUUGGUCCUUUGAGAGAGUCAUUAGCCAUAGCUCUUAAAACCGCAGCACAAACAUUGCAUCAAAACAGCUUGGUCGACGUAGGAACCAUGAAAGGCAUAGAACAACCGGAUCAUCGAUUUAAUAAGAACAUGGAAGAAUUCUAUUCCAUUUGCGACCAGAUAGAACUGCAUUUGAAGACCUCUGUGGAGUGUUUGUCCCAGAACUCUAGUUCGGUUCGAUACCUACCGAUGUCGGUUAUAACAACACGUACCGACACGGUGAGCACGCAAGAAGGACCAGCAUUGUCUUAUCCGCAGUUUCUGAUGACAGUGCGCGCGCAAGUGGCAUAUGCUCGCGAGAUUCACGACACUCUAAUGUCUCAUGCUCGCGCGAUAGCGUCCGGUGAACAAUCUUAAUUUUCAUAAAUAUUUUAGAGAAAUGUGCUCGAUGAAACAAGACAUAAUAGAAGGUGCUACUAGAACGAUCGUUAUUGCGUGAUAUAAUAAUAAGUUUUCUUAUGAUAUUGUUAUUUAAUAAAUUAUAAAUAUAUGAACCAAAAUGUA